AUGCAAAUAGAGCGAUCGAGGGAGGAGAGGGUGUGCAAGGCGGCGGCCAUCGAGCCGGCCGUGCUGAGCCUCCCGCUCAACGACGAGCAGCUGCGACAAUACGACGCCGACGGCUACCUCGUCGUGCCCGGCGUGGUGGAGCCCCAGCUCUGCGAUAGCAUCGUCGCAGAGACCUGGGAGCGACUCGACAGCUUCUUCGGCCUCAAGCCUGAGGCAGAGAAGCCCUGGGCCAAGCUGCCCAUGCACAGCUGCGUCGACCUGUGGCAUGUGCCGGGCCUGUACGAGCUGCGCCAGCACCCGCACGUCUACUCGGUCUUUGCCCAGCUCUACGAGACCCACAAGCUGUGCGUUAGCAUCGACCGCGUCAGCGUCAAGCCCACCAAAUACGACGAGGACGGGAACGUGGGCACGAACGAAGGGCUGCCGGUGCACACGGACUGGAACUUCUGGAAGCGCUCCGAAGCCUACCCCGAGAUCCAGGGCGGGAUCUGCCUUGCCGACUGCCCCGUGGGCGGUGGCGGCUUCUUCUGCAUUCCUGGCUUCCACAAGCCAGAAGUGAUCGCCGACUACAAGCGGCGAUUCGAGAGUGGUGAGUUUGGCGACAACCGCAUCCCGCACUCCAUGUUCGUCAGCUUCGCCGACAAGGAGUACGCCCGCGACCACGUGAUCGAGGUGCCGCUCAAAAAGGGGGACCUCGUCGUGUGGAACAGCUGCCUCCCGCACAACGGCGGCCAGAACACCAUCCCGGGCCUCUGGCGGCUGCAGGCCUUCGUGCGCUUCCUGGCCCUAGACGGACCCUUCGUCACGCCCGAGAUCGCCAAGGACCACCGGUUCUACCGCAAGGUGGCCUUCGCCGCCACGCAGUCCGGCGAGAAGCCCACCCACUACUCCACAGGCACCAAACGCCGCAGACUAAUUCUGUCCCACACCUUUCCUGACAUAGGCGCCAAGACGAAGGACAGGGAGAAGGAGAUACACGCGCCCCCCGUCCUCAGCCCUCUGGGCCGGCGCAUCUGGGGCGUGGACAAGUGGCCCAGCAAGCCCCGGCAGACCCCGAGGGACGACUCAGCUGCAGCAGCUGCAGUUGCUGCCGAUCGAGUGGACGCAGAGCAGCCUGCAAGCCAGUGA